UACUUCAUUCCAAAAGAAUAGACUUAAAGUUGAUGGUACCCAAAAAGCGUUUGGCACUCUUAUUUGGCUUCUUGAUACACUGAUGCUGGCGUCAAAUAAGCGAAGGAAAAUGAAAUAAAUAGGCAUGCUACCCAUAAAAAAAUACUUCGCCAAGUAGUCACAAAGUUAAUGUUUUCCCCUCAUAUUUUCCCUCAUCUUUUCUCACAUAUCUUUUCCCAACUUUUCCCACACAAUUUACCAAACAUGGCUCUCACUUUCAAUCUCUUCUGCAUCCUCGACGGACACACGGUUUCGUCUUCUUUUUCCGUGGAGGUUGCACUUGGUGCCACUGUCGAUAAGCUUAAAGAGUCCAUCAAGGCCAGAAUGAGUGCCGGGCUUGAGGGUGUAGAUUCGAACACUCUUACCCUUUGGAAGGUCUCCAUACCCGUUACCAAAGAAGACAUGAACAAGGUCAUUUCUCUGGAAGAACUGACUGACAAAGAGGUUCUACUCCCAACCACUCCACUCAGAGUUGCUUUUGAAGGGCUGAAGGAAGGCCAAUUUAUCCACAUAUUCGUUCAAUGUCCACCGAAAGGACCUUCUCAACUGAUGCUCAAGAUCUAUUUUCCGGAGAAGAAACAAAAGGUUUCCUGGACCACUAAUCAUACUACUGUCCUCCUCGAGGAGCUGAAGACCAUUGUCAUUAAUAACCAUGACGGCAUUGAUAUCGGAAAUGUAAAAAUAUCAAUUCAGCAUCGCCGAAGACUUUGCCACGCCUCGUCAUUGCCAGAAACACCCGCCACCGACAAAGACCUGCGUAACAUCCUCUGCACCUAUUCCAAGAGGGGACUCGGAACGCUUUCCGUCCGUGUCCCAGACCAUAUUCAUCGUUCAGGUUCCAGGAGGUCUGCGAGCUUUCAACCCAGAAAAAAUUCCUCUUGAAGAAAUUUUCCCCGAGGAAGAGUCAUCAGAUAGAAAAUUGGAGGCUCUGGCUGGGCUUUACGAACAAUUGGCUACUUAUCAAGAGACAAAGCGGCCUCGAGAGUCUGAAGCAGAGGUGUCCAUUUGGGUCGGAGCCUUCCUCAGCCAUGCUCUAAAUGUAUACAAGGGUCAAUUAAUUUUAAGGGUGGAG